GUUUCCCCAAAGCCUGUCCACAUGGGCGCACCAUCUUGCCAUUGGUCCUUUAUCGUGCCGGUGCCUUCCCUCGCCCAAUCAGAUGUCUAAGCACGUGCGCCCCCGCGGCCCCCCGCGACUGCCCAUUGGCCUGGCCUUUCUGAUCACGCUCUGCCUGCUCCUCAUCACGCAGGGAGGGGCGGUGACAAAGCAAUGACUCAGUAGAGGCCUGGCGCCAAUCAAGGAGAGGUGGGCCUCUCGGCCAGCCAAUAAGAAAGCGCGUGGGCUGGCUUUUUUUUGCACCUUCCAGGUCCCAGCUGGGGUUCGAGAGAAUUUGUUAAAGCGACAGUCACCCCAGUGCGCUGGGGAAUCAUCCAGGGACCAGCUACUGACCCCAGCGGCCCAGGAGCGAAGUGGGCUCCCUCGCGAGUGGUUCUGGUCACCCGCACCCCGAUCUCAACUCCGGCCCGGUGAAAGGAGCCCCGAAUCUGCGUCGCCGCGGGGCGGCGGCCGAAGAGCAGGUGGCCUGUGACGGGCGAAGGAAAUGGGGGGUGAAGCAACCACGGGGGAAGCUGCCACGGCCGGGCCCGUGGCCGAGGGCCGCGUCAAGAGUCUGGGGCUAGUGUUCGAAGACGAGCAGAAGAGCAGCUACUCGAGCGGCGAGACCGUGGCUGGCCAUGUGUUGCUGGAGACCACCGCGCCGCUGGCCCUCCGAGCGCUCCGUCUGGAGGCCCAGGGCCGGGCCCGGGCCAGCUGGAGCCAGAGCCCCGGACACCACUGGCUCGACGCCUCGGGGUCCCUGGCAGCAGAGGUAGAGUACUUGAACAUCCGCCAGAGCCUCCGCGAGCCCGCCGCAGGUGAAGGCAUCAUUUUAUUACAACCUGGAAAACAUGAAUUUCCAUUUAGCUUUCAGCUCCCAUCUGAGCCUUUGGUAACAUCAUUCACUGGAAAGUAUGGCAGUAUUCAGUACUCUGUGAGAGCAAUUUUGGAACGGCCUGUGGUACCCGACCAAAGUAUAAAAAGAGAACUCCAGGUUAUUAGUCAUAUUGAUGUCAACACACCAGCUUUAUUAACACCUGUAUUGAGAAGUCAUGAGAAAAUGGUUGGCUGUUGGUUUUUCACUUCCGGUCCAGUCUCAUUAAGUGCCAAAAUUGAGAGAAAGGGAUAUUGCAAUGGUGAAGCCAUACCAAUCUAUGCAGAAAUUGAAAAUUGUUCAUCUCGUCUGAUUGUUCCCAAAGCUGCCAUUUUCCAAACACAGACUUAUUUGGCCAGUGGGAAGACCAAGACUUUUCGUCAAAUGGUUGCCAAUGUUCGAGGAAACCAUAUUGCUUCUGGAAGCACAGAUACAUGGAAUGGCAAGACUUUGAAAAUUCCACCUGUUAUACCAUCCAUCCUUGAUUGUUGUAUUAUCAGAGUAGAUUAUUCCUUAGCUGUAUAUAUUCACAUUCCUGGUGCUAAGAAAUUGAUGCUAGAGCUGCCAUUGGUGAUUGGCACGAUUCCAUACAAUGGUUUUGGGAGUAGAAACUCCAGUGUUGUUAGCCAAUUUGGUGUGGACAUGAGCUGGUUGACAUUGACACUUCCAGAACAUCCUGAAGCCCCACCAAAUUAUGCUGAUGUGGUGUCAGAAGAAGAAUUUUCUAGGCACAUUCCUCCUUAUCCUCAGCCAAAUGAUUGUCAGGAAGAAAUAUGCUGUCCUUUGUUUGCUUAUAUACAAGAAUUCCGAUUUCAGCCUCCACCUCUAUAUUCAGAGGUUGAUCCACAUCCUGCUGAUAGAGAAGAGACUCAGACUGUUUCCUUUAUCCUAUAACUGUUUCAGAAACUGCUAGAGUCAUGAUCAAAUUAGAUCAUGAGCUCUUUCCUGCUGCCUUUGUUGGGAAGGGGCUAUAGAAGUAGGGGAACUUAGCUUUCAGUAUCAGUUUUGAACAUAAAAGCUAAAGAAUGUAGAAGAUGGAAGAAGUGUGGGCUUUUGAUAUGGACAAGUUUUUGUGCAUGAUGGCCCUUUAGAUAAUGGGAUUGAAUAUGAGUAUCAAUGAAUGGAACGGAAUGUGCAGAUGAAGAUGGAGUAAGUGAAGGAAAAGAACACUUGAGUGGCCCACAAGGAAAGUACCACAUACAUAAUGGAAGCACAAGAUAAACAUUUUAAGGGACUGUGUCAAAGUGAAAUGAAAAUACCCUAAAAAUUUUGGGUUUCUACAAAUAAAUCAGCAACUGUCUUGUAGACCAUAAUAAAGGAAAAAGAUGUACAAGAGGAAAAUAAUCCGAUAUAAAUUUAAAAGUACCCUCUCCACCAAUUCAAAGCUUUUCAUGUUUUAUAUGCUGAAAAAAUUAUAAAAACAACCUUUUUAAAAAGCAUCAUGUUAAUUGAACCAAAUGAUGUAUACAAUUUAAUUUGGUCAAUUUAAAUUUAUACAGUUUAAAUUGGUCAAUGUCAUUUGAAGAUUCAGUUCACAAGCAGUAGUUUGUACAGUGUUAUGAAACUAAAAAUUGCUCCCAGAAAAAAAAAAGUGACUCAAUUCAAAGGGGGGAUACAAGUCAAAUUUUGGAUGACGUAAGCAGACUUUGUUAUCCUGGAGUUUUAAUUUUCUUAAUGGUUUUCUUGAACUGACAUGGUGGUAGAUUUAGGAUUUUUCUUGUUUUAUAUUUCUGUAACUAAAGGCACAGCAAGGAAAUUUAGGAGUUUCUUGUAGGUUUGAUUGAUGAAAUAGACAAAAUUUAUUCAAAAGUUUUUCUUAAAAAGCCUACCUCUUUAAGAGUUGUAGUUACCUGCUUGGAGGUUAUAGACCUAAGACCAAAAGUUGUAAUUGAGCUUCUAUUAUUUAGAGUAUCACAUUCUAUGGUCAUUUGUAAUGAGAUUUCAAAAUGGACUAUUAGAACUCUAUUAAGACUAGAGUAAAAUGAAGGUUAAUAUGUAUACCUAUACAUAAUAUGUAAAAACAUACAUAAAUAUAUACAUAUAACAAAUUAGAUAUAAGCAAGAAACUAAUAGUAAAUGCCAUAUAAUCCUAAGAAAAGGAAGAAAUCCUCUCUGAAAAAAAAAUUUAGCUUAAACCCUACAUUGGAGUGGCAGUGAUUCCAUAUUUUACUGUUCCCAUUCUUCAAUAAUUCUAUCUAAACUGUUUUUUUUUGUUUUGGUGCAAUAUUUUACUAUGUCACUUAACCUCAGGACAUUCAGAUUAUCAUAAUUUUAUUGCUGCUAAAAGUACAUGCAGUUCCCCCCAUACCCUCAUUAUCAAAGUUAAGAAUCUUUGUUAUUUAAUUACACUUUGUAUGGCAAACUGAUGAUCCAAUACUGAAUUUCAGAAAGAUGUAGGACUGCUAGUGUUAAUUUUUCUGGCAUAAUAUCAGGUGAUAGAUUUUAAUUUUAAGUCACAGAGUAUUUGUUUUCUAUGUCAUAAGGGUUUUGACUCAAGACCUUGGUGCUUCCCAUAAUCAUUAACUACAAUUAAAACAGAAAAUGAUUUUCUGUUUAAAAAUCAUUAUAACAGCAGGGAUUUUUCUACUCACAUUGUAUAUGUUUUCUUUGUACUCUUUAGAACAUACCUCUCAAUCACUUGAGUUUUGUAAGCACUUCUUUACUUUUAAGUCACUGUUUAAAAUCACAGUAUAAAAUUGUGCUAUUUGAACUGUUAACUAUCUAAAUUACACAGUUUGUUCAGUUGUAUUAUUUUAGGAAAAUAGCAUCUUCAAAUGGUCCUUGUUUUGAAAAUUGGUAAUUUACACGCUUGUAGAAAAGAUCAGGUUUUUCUAUAAUGCCAAAACAAUUAUUGUUUAAUUGAGAAAUAUUCCAAAUCAAACUCCCAAGAACAGUUAAACUGGUUUCUUGAAUUCACUUGACAAAAUUAAGUGCUCAUUUAAACUUACUAUUUUGACACCCUAAAAGAAUAAAAUCAUGUAAUGCACACAUCAUCAGUAGACAGUGAUUUUGAAGCACAAGAAAAAAUAGUGGAAAAAUGAAUGCAUUUGCCUAAUUAAUUUGUAUUUGAUACAGUUGACUUUAAUUUACAAGUAUAAGGCUAUAGUAUAAGAUUCACCUUAAGUUAAGAAAAAUAUUUGUCUAAUUUAGAAAAUCAUAAAGGUUGUCAUUCGACUUUGGACAUUUACCUCAAUAUCACUGUGGUACCAAGAAUAUUCAUUGAAGAAUAAAUAUGCUGCUGGGAUGUGCUUGGUUUUCACCUCUUUGUGGCUUUUAUUUUGUUUUGCAAAUGAACUGUGGCCUUAGAAUUGUUUGCUUUAAAAAAUAAUAAAGUGAAAAAUGUGUGUUUUGACACAUAAAACCUUUACAGGGCAAAAACCUUAAUGCUUUCUGUUUUGCACAAUAAGCAAGGUUGUUUUUUUUUUCCCAUAAGUGAGCUGUGAAACAGUUUUUCAAUUUAAAAAGAAAAGCUGUUAACAAUAUAUUAACCCAUGGUAAAAAAAAAAAAAAGAUUGUAUUUUGUAUUUAUGUAUGAACCCUAUGGGUUCCUUUUGUUAAUAAAAAUAAAAUUGUUACGUGCACUCUGCUUGUUGGCUUUUUUCCCUAAAAAACUUAAAUAAGUAGUCUUAAUCCUUUUUUAAAAGCAUCAGUUUAACCCCAGAGAAAAAUCACUUAUCUAAUAGUUGCAUAUAAUUUAAUUAUAUACUAAAUUUUACAUUUGUAUAAUAAAAUUAUGUAUGAUACUGUUCAAAGUCUGUGGUUGGGGGAAAUGAAACUGACAAAAUUGUAUUUAUAAUUUGUUAAAAUCAAACAAAGAAAGGUGUAGUCACACUAAAAUAACCCCAUGAUUACUGUAUUGUUAUAAGAAGCCAGAAAAUGACAAUACAAAAAUUAGAAUUCUUAAAGCACAAUAGCUUAUGCAUAGCUAUAUGAAGUAGUCUGGAAUCUUGCUAAUGGACAUCAUACAACUCGGAAAUUGUGAAAGAAUCACAUAUCUCACUGUAGCACAUUAAGACAACAUCAGAAGUGACUAUAAUCAUUGUAUUGAAAUAUUUUUUCUGGAAUACUCUUCUGAAAUGUCACUAGUUCAUGAUUAACCUGCAGUUCCUUAAAGUAAUUAAUUCAUCUUUAGGGCUCUAAUUUUGAUGAGAAGUUAAUCUAAUAGGAACUAAGAUCACCAAUUAUGUAAAAAUGUUUU